AUGCGGAACGGAAGUGGUAGUGGAGCAACUUCGCCGACAGACCAGCUUGAGACGGAAGGCAAAUUCAACAGUGGAAUACAACUUCUGCCAUUUACUGAGCUCAACUUGGACGACUUGAUCAACAGUGAUGUGAGCUGCUCUGACAUGCUCAAGACUGGCAUUGGCCUGCAUUUUAAAGCUGCCAAAAUGGAUGUGUGUACUCAUCAGAGGAGACCAAUCACUCGCUCCUGCAGUUUGGGGAAUACACCAACCAGUGGCGCUACUUUCCACACUUUCAUCGAGACCUCAGACCAGCAGCAACAACGGAAGGGGUCGCUACGUCAACGGCGUGUAACUGUUGCUUUGUGUGCUCCCCGGUGCAACGACCAGAAUGGAGAUCUCCCUGAGAAGGAUGUGGACAGGCAGGAGGCCAAAUCACUCAAGGAGCUAAACACAAAUGAGAUCUGCGUGUGGUUCGCCAGCAUUGGACUGCACAAAUGUCUCCCUUUCAUCCAAGAGGCAAAUUUGUGUGGAGCAGACAUCGCGUCAAUCAACGUGAACAUUCUGGACAUGCUGCACAUCAACGCACUAGAAGACAAGGAGAAGCUACUCUCUGCUAUUUAUAAUGAGCUGCACCCUUCCAGUACUUUUGGAUCCUUCCAGAACAAUCAUGUCGAGACGUUCAUGCCAAUGAUCAAAUCAAAGUCCUCACCGCAGGUGAACUGCCUAAGCAUGAAUCGACGAUCCCUCAAGCUCAGGCACAAUAACCAGAACUACAUGGCACAUCGGAAUUCACAGUUGAUAGAGGUCACAAUAAAUGCCUCAGAGCGAAUCGUUCACCUCAGAACCCCAAAAGAAACAACAAUGGCCAAAAUAAUGGACUCUUGUCUUAGAAUGCUGGGAAUGACAGAAGACAAAAGCCUUUUUUCACUGAAAGAGCAGAGAGAUUCCGCAGCUGAGCUUUCCCAGGAUCAGCAUAUUGGGAGUCUGCUGAUAUCCUCAUCUGAGAGGGAACUGGAGUUACAUUUGUGUAAAAAGAGUAAAAGCACCGCUUCCCAAAACAGUCCAGAGGUCAACAGCUCUAUUGGAACCCAAAAAGAGGAACGGAUCAGGGAGCUGAAUCUGCAAGUGGACUCCCUACAAAAUGUCAUCCUGCAGGUGCAGGAGCUUCACCUUGGGCUGGUAGCCUUCUGCUCAGAACUGAAGAACUCGGAAGGAGAUGCAAAUUUAGAAAUGUUUGGCUCAGCUGAGCUGGAGCAGAAACUGGAACUGCUCCACAGACGACUAAGUGACAAGAAGCAAAGUCUUCAGACCCUCCGAGAACACAUCAGCAACUCUGCAGCUCACAGAAAGAAACAGCUAGAUGUUCGUCUUUUGGAGAAGAUGAAGCUGAACUGCCAGGUGUUUAAGGAAGAAAUCUCUAUGGUGCAUCUCAACCGACAGGUGGCUCACCUUCAAAAUGCUCUGCAAGAAAGCUACAUUAAGGAGAAAGACCAGAGAAAGAACGUGACCAUCGGUAACCUAAGCCAGCUAGUGUCUCCGCAGUCUCCUGCCAUGCUACUUUUGGUGCAGGAGAGCCGUGGACCUGACGGCUACUAUGGCUUCACGUGCCGGUACGCUGAAGGCAGUGGCUUGGUGGUGGUCAGUGUGGACAGCUCGCAACUGUGUGUGGAUGACAGGCUUGUGGAAGUGAACGGGGCACCAGUGGUCAACUCUACAGAAGAAGAACUGAGUGACCUUCUGCUCCAGCUACCUAGGGCCCAGAUUAUUGUGCUCCGUCAGCCGACUCCCACCCUCACCUCCCAUCAACCCCCUCUGAUCCUGCAGCACAUGGUUAACCCUAAUCCCCAGCAAACAGAGAGAGAUGUGAUCACCAUGGAAACCCCAUCACUGCGCAGGGUAAUGGCUAUCUGAUGAAAAGGAGCAUGAUGGAUGAGCACAAACAGAGGGAGUAAAAAAGAGAAAGCAUAUAAAGAUAGUGUGUAUAUACGAGCAUUUUGUUUUCUACACCGCCACAAAUUGAAUUGAAUUGAAUUGAAGUAUUUAUUUCAAACCUGCACAGUACUACAACACACAUUUUUAUUUUAUUUUUUUACAUUUUGGCGCCCAAUUGUAGCUGAGAUAGGCUCCAGCGCCCCCCGCGACCCCAAAGGGAAUAAGCGGUAGAAAAUGGAUGGAUGGAUGGCAGAGACGUUUAUGCAAGGCUUGAAAAGGGGUUGGAUGAAGCAGAUCAGUGACGUGCGGUGAGGUUGAUGGCUGGUGAGGCACUGACUUCAUCACAGUCAGAUUUACAAACAUAUGAACCCUAAAGAGUAUCUUAUUCACCAUUUGAUUGGCAGCAGUUAACGGGUUAUGUUUAAAAGCUCAUACCAGCAUUCUUCCCUGCUUGGCACUCAGCAUCAAGGGUUGGAAUUGGGGGUUAAAUGACCAAAAAUUAUUCCCGGGCGCGGCGCCGCUGCUGCCCACUGCUCCCCUCACAUCCCAGGGGGUGAUCAAGGGGAUGGGUCAAAUGCAGAGGACACAUUUCACCACACCUAGUGUGUGUGUGACAAUCAUUGGUACUUUAACUUAACUUUAACUUUACACAUACAAACUGUAGCACACAAAAAACACAUUUAAUUAAAAAAACGUUAUUAUGGUCUUACCUUUACUUAUAAGUGCGGGAACAGUGGUGUUCGUGUUGGAGGAGUUGUGAAUGAAUUAAAUAUGAAAUCCAUGCUGCAGUCUGCAAGUGUACCUAAUGUUGUGUCCCUGCAGUCGUUCACAGCUCCUCCGGCGCGAGCAUUGUUGUUUUUGCACUUUUUGGCUUCUUGUUAAGUGACUUUUUUUGGGUGGAUUCGGUCUUGCACGUGAAGGGUUUGGGUGUGAGCUUUGGUUGGUGUGGCGCUCCCGUCGGGGGGUGCAGUCUGCGCGGGGGUGCAUUAACCGGCACCAGGAGGCGGGGUUACUGCGAGCCUCACACAGUGCGUCUUCGCAGCAGUUUUAUGAUUGCUCAGCACAAGAAAUACGUUACACACAUACAGUUGUUGACAAAAUACUCUGUACAUUAUAUACCUCAGCUAACUAAACAAUGGAAAUGUAUAAUAUAAUUCAUAUAGCAAUACGGUCUCACUGCACAGCAGCCCAGCAGUUAGCCGAGUCAUUGCGCAAUCCAUGUUGAGGCACAACUGAGUGACGUGCCUCAACUGGCUGCUGAUCACCGCACCGUCUCUUCUCAGUAUUUGAACGGCAAAUGUGAAAAUUCAGCGAUUUUGAAUAGAAAUAAUCUAGAACUGGUGAAGUUAAAUGGAAAAUAACUUUAUAGUAUAAUCACUGGAUACAUAUAACAAUUUAAUUAAUUUGUUUUCCUUUUACAUUUUUUUUCUUUCCAUGAUGGCAGGUGAGGCACCUGCCUCUAGUGACCGCACGUCACUGAAGCAGAUGCUUAUAAUAUCCCAACCCCUAUCACUCAUUCCACAUUUAACAGACACAAUAUAAUACAAGAACAAUACUAUACAAACAAAAACAAGAAAAGCUCCUGAAAACUAACAAUACAAUAGUACCACUGUUACUAUGAGACAAUUUGGACCGCCAAUAGUUUUUCCGCAUAAACAAGUUAUAGCCUACCUUGUCUGCCAGAGAAUAAGGAAAGCGAGCAGGAAGAAUAAGUGUUGACUUUGUUGCUAUAUUUAGCAAGUAAUCAGAUCGCUAUAGAUACUCUUUUUCAAAAUAGUGUCGAACAAAUGAACUAGUGAAGAGUCUUUAGGCGACCCUAGCAAGAAAGCACUCAGUUUUAACUGUGGCAUUAAAACAACAAAAAGAAACAACAGAAGACAGUUCAUUUGUAGCUCUAAAUAUGGGUUUUGCUUUUCAAUGUUUUUUACUAUGUGAUCUUUGACCCCAUCGCAGUUAGCGCCACCGUCUCUCACAGUAGUUUUUUUGAUGUGCUGUCCCAUACUAUGGCCUUGUUUACACUGCAAACCAAAUUAGGGUGCUUAAAAUCUGAUCUUUUCGCAUCAGAUUCAGGCCAUAUCAGAAGGUAGUCUAUAUCCGAUUGGAAUCUGAUCAAUUCAAAUGUGACUUCGGUCUAAAGGCAACGACCUCUAUGUGACUUUGGUCAAAUUGUGUCAUUCGUGUGCCCGGGCAAAGAAACAGCCCGCCAGUGGAAGUGGAUACAUUAGCACCACAUCCGGUUUCAGUGAGCAAAGUCUAUUUUCGACGCCGAAUUUUCGUUGCAUCACUCGUGAAUAGUGUGCAAAUAAUAGGCUAUGUGUAAUAUAUGAAUACCGUAUUUUUCGGACUAUAAGUCGCAGUUUUUUUCAUAGUUUGGCCGGGGGUGCGACUUAUACUCAGGAGCGACUUAUGUGUGAAAUUAUUAACACAUUACCGUAAAAUAUCAAAUACUAUUAUUUAGCUCAUUCACGUAAGAGACUAGACGUAUAAGAUUUCAUGGGAUUUAGCGAUUAGGAGUGACAGAUUGUUUGGUAAACGUAUAACAUGUUCUAUAUGUUAUAGUUAUUUGAAUGACUCUCACCAUAAUAUGUUACGUUAACAUCCCAGGCAUGUUCUCAGUUGGUUAUUUAUGCGUCAUAUAACGUACACUUAUUCAGCCUGUUGUUCACUAUUCUUUAUUUAUUUUAGAUUGCCUUUCAAAUGUCUAUUCUUGGUGUUGGGUUUUAUCGAAUAAAUGUCCCCCAAAAAUGUGACUUAUACUCCAGUGCGACUUAUAUAUGUGUUUCUCCUUCUUUAUUAUGCAUUUUCGGCAGGUGCGACUUAUACUACGGUGCGACUUAUACUCCAAAAAAUACGGUAUAUAUUUUGAUUCCGAAGAAAAAGCGUUUGUUGAAUGACCGUAAUUGACGCUGCCACAACGUGCAAAACACCACAGGUUGGAGCUUUUAAUGCAAUACAGUCGGAUAGGGACUCAUGUGGCCCCAUUUGCCUCAGUUUACCUGACGCAAAUUGGGGGAGCGAACUAUCCACAACCUGCUCAGUGGCCGUGUGGUUAGAGUGUCCGCCCCGAGACUGGAAGGUCGUGAGUUCAAACCCCUGCUUGGCACUCAGCAUCAAGGGUUGGAAUUGGGGGUUAAAUCACCAAAAUUAUUACCAAGCGCGGCCACCGCUGCUGCUCACUGCUCCCCUCACCUCCCAGGGGGUGAACAUGGGGAUGGGUCAAAUGCAGAGGAUAAUUUCACCACACCUAGUGUGUGUGUGACUAUCGUUGGGACUUUAUCUUUAACUUUAACUUCAGACGGCAGUAAGGUUUUGAAUAUCUUAAAAUGCGUUUUGUGGCAAUUCCAACGUUGACCACAGCCGCAGUUGCUAUGUCGAGUGGUGCUUUCCAUCAUUUUCAGCAGACUGCAUUGCAAAGUUUUCUCCAUGGUGACUAACAGCAAUCUCCUCAUUUAAAUAGGGAAGUGUACGCCACUUUUGCACUUAUUAUCAAUUGUACACACAGUCUUAGGAGAUCACCCACAACACGCCCACUAAUAGUACCGUAUUUUUCGGAGUAUAAGUCGCACCUGUCAAAAAUGCAUAAUAAAGAAGGAAAAAAACAUAUAAAAAUCGCACUGGAGCCCGGCCAAACUAUUAAAAAAACUGCGACUUAUAGUCCGAAAAAUACGGUACAUGUGAUUUUAUAAUUUGCACACGCUGUUUAGCACUUACUUGGGAUCUUCAAAGAUGAAGCAUAUGUCUUCAUGUAUCAUGUAUCGGUGACUUUUUCCUCUAUAAAGUAUUGUAGACUAGCAAACAGUAUACCUCAGUGUAAUCUCUGGUACGCUUGACAUACUCACACCAAUUUAAAUUCACUAUUCCAUUCCAUUGUUUGUUGUUUUACAAAUUUAUGACACAAGAGAGAGCUGUGACUAAAGAAUAAAGUGAUACAAAUCCUACGUUUCGCUUGAUACGUAACGCGCAGGCUUGUCUAACAUCUGUCAGAGGGUUGUCCUGAGGGUGCAACAAUGAAUGCUUGAUGUAGUGCAGGGGAACUCCAGCUUGGAAGUAUAACAGCACGUGUAAUCUCCUAUAGCAACAUACAGGCUUGAAAAAGCUUUGCAUCCUACAUGAUCUUUGCAGAACACACACGAACAGCUCUCUCUGAAAGUUGAGUCACGUUUGGCCUUUUGUGUGUUGUAAUGCAAACCAGUGGGUUGUGGGAAUAAAACCUUGGCCGCAGAAACGCCUCAUUUCAGCCUCGUUCUCCCUCGUUAAGAGCCAGCGGAUCGUGCAGACUACGCGGUGCAAACAGUACCAGGCUGCCGGGGGGUUCUAAUACCACUUUUGCUCAUCAGUUGGUCACAGGUCACUCAGCAGUAUUUUUAAUGAUUUGACAAUAAAAAAUAAAUGCGGCCGUCUGUAAUCCCAAUGGGACGUGCUGGUUGCCAAACAAAUUCUCAGGAACCUGGCAAAUUGGAGCUACUUUGGCACAGACAUGGGAAAAUGAAGACUGACGCAGAUGACCAUUAUGUCAUACCUCCGGAAGUGUUAGAGUUUGGUGAGAAGUUUCCCAAAACCACAACACGACACAGUGUAAGAAAAAAAUGCUUCCCGUCAAACGUAAACGCGGCAUGGAGGAGAAAAGCAGAGCAGCACUUGCACACACACACACACACUCGCAGGCCAGUGGAGACGAUGUGUCAUGGCUGUCUUUAUGGGAAUAAAUUAACACUGGGGUAAAUGAGACACAAUCCUAUAAACACUGCUGCUGGCGAACGAAGAAAGCCAAUGGCGACCAACGAGAACCCAGAAAACAUGGUCAGGAUGUAACGCCCCUGCUACCAUCCACUGUCCACUGAGGCGGGGAAAGCGGAGGCUCUGCGAGUCAGGAAGACGACCUUGUACAGUAUUAGUCAGAAACAUCUGCAGCACAUUUACAUGAACGUCAACCUCCUCUUAUUCAACUGCCAAGGCGCCUCAGGUUGACCCGGGCUGUACCUAACACGUAGUGGCACUGAGCAACCUGUGCUACAUCUGGUUCGCCUUAGCAGCCUCAGCAACAACAUCCAGCGCACAUUGAUAAGCUCCGAAUGCGCUGAAGCUGCAUUUUUUUCUUUUUCCGCCCCUAUCAGCCGCAGCUUCUCACUCCUCAGACCCCCAUCCCUUAACCCCCUUAUUCCGCCCCCUUCCCCCCCACCUUGGACUCCCGCCCCUUGACAUUUCGGGGCGCUUUGCAUCUGUUUGAUGUGGGAAAACGGGGCAUUAGCUUUGGUUUCCUGCCCAAAUCCCACACAAGCCAAUAAAAGGGAUACAGGUCUGAUGGGAAGCAAGGGAAUUCCUGACCACUGAACAUUAGACAAACACUCACUCUUAAAUUGGAGUCUACGGCGUGUAAGAGUGAGCCGAGUUUCAAACCACCUGACUAACAUAACACUCCUAAUACCUAUGAUAAUAAUAACUGUUUUUAUUACAAGGAAUUUGACGACAUGUCCUUCUACAUGGGUUCUAAAUGACCCUUGCAGCUCACACUCAAAUUUAAAUUGUCUCACGUAUUCAUCGAACCUGUCAUAAACCUUUGUGUGUUUUUAUAUUGAGGUAAUGAUUUUGUGCCACGGCGGAUAACAGACUAAUCCCAGGGCUUCUGAUUUCAUUUUGCCCAGGUGGAAGUGAGGCUUCUAGCCUUCCCUCUGGCAAAUCUAGUAGCUGCACUAGCUACUUAAAAAUGUCCCUAGAGAUAUUUGUGUGUAGACCCGCUCCUGGUCAGAUGUGCUGUGUUAUUUGACCUUUGUCCCUCCAGGAUUAGCUUCCAAUAAAGUGCACGUCCACAGAAGCUGAGUAUAUACUGCCAUCUACUGGCAGACUCCUGAGAAAGUUUUCAGGGUUUCCCAAGAAUGUCUCUUGG